AUGGACGACAAGAUGGAUGGCGAUGACGAUGAUGGUGGUGCUGGUCAUGGCUGCUACAAGCCUGCGAGCGGGAGCCCCGAGUGCACUGCGGAGGCUUCGGCUGGUGGUGUCUUGGUCUUGGUCCUCUUCUGCCUCGUUGCGGCCGCUGUCUCGCUCUGGAUCGGCUACAAGUGUUGCUGCACUCGCGAGGGAUGGUGGUCGUGCUGCCGCCGCGAUGGCUGCAUGUCGCGCUCCGAUGCACAGCGCCGUGGGCGUAAGCUCUUUUCCCCGCGGGAGGGUCUUGUCCUGCAGCUUCUUGUCUUUGUCGCCGCCGUCUUUGGUCUCAUCAUGCUCCUGGCGUCGACGACGUGGUUGACGGCCAACACUGGUAGCGACGACUCGUCGCCCAAGCGCUCGGAGGGGCACCCCAUUCCGGACACUGUUCUGGUCGGUCUUUGGCAUGCCGACAUCAACGGCGAGCGGCUCGAGCUUGCUGCCGCUCGCGAUCGCCAUCCCGACUACGCCGGCUUUUGGUCGCGCAUGGCGGCGGUCGGUCCGAUCUCGGGCGUCGCGCUCCUGGUCACCGGCAUUCUCCUCUUGGGCCUGCUUGCGCUGACCUGCAAGCGGACAUGUUCCUCACGCCGGCUCCGCUCCAUGGAGACUGGCAGGAAGGGAGGCAACUGGGCCAAAACCUCGUGUGGGCUGUUUGCGACGGCGGUAGUGUUCUCGGCGCUCCCCAGCAUUCUCCUCGGCACAGUGGUGUCGCCCCAGUCGCGGCAGGCGACCGUGUCUGCCCAGGUCAGCCUCGGUGCCGCCUUUGCCGCUGCUGCGGGUUUUCCCGUUGCUCUGGUGCUUACCUUUUCUCUCAUCCGGGUCCUCACCACCGCCUCGGACUAUGCGCCGAUCCGUUCGUCCGACCGCAGCGAUGGCGAGUCGUAUUCUGGGUGCAUGUCUGACGACGCCACGACGACGCUUGGAGCGAGCACUGUUGAUCUUGAUGAUGUGUACGAGUACGAGUACGAGUGA